AUGAAAAUCUUUAAACGGAGACGAUUCACGAUUUCGGCGCCAGAUUCAGCCAGUAGUUUAGAUAGCAGAGGUGAAGAACGGAGGUUCAGCUUACCAUAUACGAAUAAUGAAAUAUUAUAUUUUCCUGAUCAUAAUCCUAAUAGCAUUACUAAUGAGUUAGCCAACCAGGAAAUCUCUACACAAACUUCCAUUAGCGAGUCAAUAGCUUUAUCUGAGAGUGAUACUUUAUUGUACGAUAAAAAACAACAAUUAGAGUUGCAAGAAACGUAUAAUGAUAAUUUUACAUUAUAUCUACCCUUUUUAUUGAGGCAGUUGAGAAAUGCAAGAGAUGAGUUUGUUGACGCGGCAGAUCAUGAUAUCGAUAGUGAUGACCAGAAAACUAUGAUAGACGAAAAUAAUAUAAGUCCUUGUCUAAUCUUGAAUAAAGAAGCAUGCAAUUUUAAUUUGAAGCGAAGGUUUAUCAUAGUUCAAGAGCUUUUGAAGCAUAAUACUUAUUUAUUCGCAAGUGAAGAGUCGUUCCAGUUAUUCAAGCAUUUGCGUCUGAAUAAGAAAAAGGAAUCAAAAAACCUGAGGAUUGUAUAUGAUGCGAAUGGAAGUAUUAGAAGACUAUCUGCUAGUAAAGGGAGUAAAAGAGGAAAUGAUAUACAUAACGACGAAUUAGUUGACAAUAGAACACACAUAAUACCAUUGGAAUAUAAAGUAAAGGGUCUAGGUCUCCCUAUAUUCAAAAUUAAUACCCCAUAUUUAUCAUCAUUUAGGAAAAAUUCCCCGUUCUUGGUCUUCAAGAAAUAUAGAGAAAUUCCUUUGAAGCCGAGCUUGCAAGACUGUCCAAGUAACGAAAAUUCAGAUAGCCUGACAAACUACGAAGCAUACGUCUUCUGUUCUGUUUAUGUAAAACACUUCUACGAUGUCAGGCGAUAUAUUUUAAACUUUAGUCCAGUAGGCAAGAAACCAUUCCGUAUAAUAAUGUUCCAGCACAAUUUCAAGCCGUUUGCGGAUUUUAACUACCAAAAUACAAGAUUCAGAGUUGUUGGUACUUCGCUAUCGUGUGUCUAUGUAACAAAUUAUAGCCCCAUCAUGAAACUAAUGAUUAUCGAUAAUGAUAAACCAUCGUUAUGUGACGAUAUUAUAAAUAAAAAGACAGGGUUUGAAAUUCCGUCAAUAAUUAAACAUAAAAAGAAGCAUCCAAAUAAUAACUCAUCAGACAACACAGGCAACGAUUUAAAUGACGACAUGAUUUUCAGUAAUCCAUAUCCUGAUCCUACAGGCCCACUAUUAGCCGAUUCUGCAUCUUUCAAAAGAUUAACUAGCAAGCGUGCAUUUAUGUCCAGAUCAAUGCCACCUUUUGGUCUUUUUAAAGACUCCAUGUUGUAUGGUAAUGACUCGAUUAAUUUUAUUCCCAAGAAGUUUUCAGAUACAGGUAAAAUCGAAAUAUACCAGGAUAAUUCAAAUUGUACCGAAGAUGCAAAUAGUACUUUAUCAAUCGACUUAGAUAGCUUAGUGAUAAACUGUAUUUUAUUAACAUUGAGAGAAUCUAAUAUUAGAAACUCUGUCAAGACUACUCUUCCACAGGCUAUUACUUUUCAAGAUUGA